AGUCACACUGGGAUCAUUUAUGAUUGUAAGAGACACAGACAGUUCUUACUGCAAGGACAUGGUCACCCAAUAACCUGUACUGCUGUGAGUGGUGAUAGGAGGUGGCUGGCCACUGCUGAUGUAGGAGCAGACCCACUCAUCAUCAUUUGGGACUCAUACUCUGGUAUACCAGUUCGGACAUUUUACAAUAAUUUGGGUCAAGGCAUUGUGGGUGUGGCCAUGUCACAGGAUGCCCGUUACCUAGCAACCAUUGGGUGUCAGGUCCCUCAGGUCGUCAGUGUCUGGGACUGGACCAACGAGAGAGAGACUCCGGUGCAAUCGGUCGCACUCAACCCGGACUACGGUAUACAGACGUACAUCACGUUUAGUCAUAAUGACUCAUCACUCCUAGCAUCAAACAGUGACGAUCAAGUCAUCUUUUAUAAAUGGACUGCCAAAGGUCUUUCUGUAUGCACUACUCCGGUCAGCGACAGGGAUUUCAAUAAGUCCGUGGGUCUUUUAUCACAAACUGUGUUCCUACCUGAUGGGUCCAACCAUUGGGCUCUGACCGGUACCUCCGAAGGAUGUGCUGUUGUGUGGGAAACUAGCGGACUAUACCACAAUC